CAGAUGUCUGAGGGCUGGUCCUAAAGAAUACACUCACACACACAAGUCAAACGGAUAUAAAUAGUACAGGUUAAUUAGUUAGGUAAGUAAUUUGAGCCAGGGCCUGGCAGUUAGAAUUUGAUCCACAGACAGGUAACUCAAGAAUUAGCCAUUGUCACCGUGUUCAGACCGAUAUAAAUCGCACCUGGACAGACACGCACUCACCACUCAGCCUUACUUCUUUUGACUCACCUGCUGGGAGAAAACUUCACUGAGGACCAUGUCACUCUCAUCUAUCCUUUCCGCUGAUGCCAUCGACAGUGCGCUCAAGGACUGUCAAGCACCAGACUCCUUCAGUCCCAAGAAAUUCUUCCAGCUGUGUGGUAUGACAAAGAAAAGCCCUCAGGAUGUAAAAAAUAUCUUUAACAUCCUAGACAACGAUGCCAGUGGAUUCAUUGAGGAGGACGAACUCAAGUUUUUCUUGCAGCGGUUCUCACCUGGUGCUCGUGUACUGACUGAUAAAGAGACGAAGGCUUUCCUGGCAGCAGCUGAUGAUGACAGUGAUGGCAAGAUUGGAGUAGAUGAAUUCCAGGCGAUGGUUCUGUCCUGAAUGAUACGCCUUUCAGAUCUCUCCCCUCUCUUGUCCUCGGAUUUCAUUUCAAUUCAGCUGACUUACCACUUGAUACACAGGUCAUUUUCCUCUAUGGGACCCCCUGGUCAAUAGAGUCCACACACACUCACACACACACACACACACACACACACACACACACACACACACACACACACACACACACACA